AUGUCUCCACAGGAGCUAGCGACGCAGGAGUGUGGCACAGCACUGUGCCUGUCCGUUUACGUCAUCACCUUCGUGCUGGGCUUCCCAGCCAACGUUCUGGCCUUCUACACAUUCUGCAGCAAAGUCCGCCAAAAGGCCACACCCAUCGACAUCUUGCUCCUCAACCUGACCAUCUCGGACCUUCUCUUCCUGCUAUUCUUGCCCUUUAAGAUGCAGGAGGUGGUGAACAACAUGCGGUGGGACAUGCCCUACCCGCUUUGCCCUCUAUCGGGUUUCAUCUUCUACAUGACUAUCUACAACAGUACCUUCUUCCUGACUGCCGUCAGCGUGGAGCGCUACCUGGGUGUGGCAUUCCCCAUCCAGCACAGCCUCAAGCGUCGGCCACUCUACGCCGUCGCCGCUAGUGUCUUUUUCUGGAUCUUCUCCUUCAGCCACCUUAGUAUCGUCUUCAUCAUGCCCUUCAUCGGAACAGAAGACGAGCCCGUCACCACCACGGUGGAACCACACACAGCCGCUACAACGCACGACACUGUUACAACACACAACGUCGACACUCCGCAUCCAGGUCCCAAGGAAGUUUGCUACGAUAACUUCUCUGACGCCCAGUUGAAGGUGCUCUUGCCAGUCCGGCUGGAGCUGUGCCUGGUUCUCUUCUGCAUCCCAUUCCUCAUCUGCAGCUACUGCUACAUCAACUUCAUCCGGAUCCUGUCGCGCUUGCAGCACAUAGACCGACGGAGGCGUCUCCGUGCUAUCGGGAUGGCGCUUGGCACUCUUGUGGUUUUCGCCGUUUGCUUCGGUCCCUACAACGUCUCGCACGUGGUGGGUUUUAUCACCUGGAAGAACCCCCAGUGGCGUGAUAAGGCCCUGCUGUGCAGCACUUUCAACGCCUGCUUGGACCCGCUGAUCUUUUACUUCUCGUCAUCAGCUGUCCGGGGUACGGUGGGCAGCGUGACUGGGGUGCUAAAAGCUCGUCUGAGCGGGUGCCUGUCCUGCCGGGCCCCGAAACAGAGCGUGGACGAUAAGGACAGCAAACAAGAACAGAUAAAUGCUAUCUAA